AUGGCCGUGAGCGAGUGCAGGGGAUCUUCCCCACCAAGCCAGAAGGAAUGGCAGAGCCUGUGUGCGGCUUUGGACAAGUGGGAAGGCUCUCGCACUCUGCUGGCUCGGACGUCGCUGACAGCGGUGCCUCAUUGGCAGAAUGGCAAGGAGCACGUAGACCCGCCGUACUGGACUGACUUUCUACAUAGCACCGAUGACUUAAAACGGGCCAUCAGCAAAGCACUGCAGGGGGUGAUGCCGGCCGAGGCCCCGCUGGCAGUAUUUAUACUUGCUGACAGGUUGAUGGGGCGCAGUCGGUUCUGUGCCAGCCGAGCCUGGUAUUUGAGCAGCCGGCGAUACAUCAUCAAUGCUCGUGAGUUUGCGGCCCUGCAGAAGCUGAUUGCUUACAUCUUGGGGCCUCAUCAGGCAUAUCUCACGCGCAUUGAUCGUGACCGUGCAAUGAUCAUGUCAGGUGGAUGCUGUUUCCAACUGUACAUCUCAGAAACAGUAUCAGAGCACCGCCGCUUCGAAACUUCCCGAGAGCGGUUUCUCUAUCCAUGUGACUUCUUGGCGUAUCCAGUUCCUGAUGCUACUUUCUACCAGGUCCAGCCCGGAGGUGCCAUCGACGUCUGCCAAGGCGUGCACUUGUCCGUGUCCGUGGAGAGCCCCGGUGCCAUAGCCAUUUCCUGCAAUCAAGUAAGACAUAUUAGUGACAAGGUCUCCGUCCGCAACCAACGAAGAGCUGCAGCGGUACAGAAGGCGCAGCGCAUGGAACUUGUAGCUUUCGUUGGCAAAAACCUGGGUUCCCUGGAUGCCGAGCACCCAUACGCGCAGUCUUCAACCGUCGUCAUGGUGGACGAUGCUGAGAUGGUUGAAAAGAUCCUGCAGGUGUCAGACGAGCUCAGUUUAGGGCUGCGGACCGAUGAUGUGACGCAUCUGGGGCGAAGUGCGGUUUUCCCAUUCUCCUUUCCACCGGCGUUGUGCGACGAGGACAGGCUGCUUCAGCAAGCAUUGAUGGAAACUGGGGACGCGUUUGCCACUUCAUCUGCAGCACAAGACUUCGCGACAGCCACACUGGCACAACAUGGCAUUGACCCGAGGUCCUUGCUGGAUGUGGGCGAAAGGGACUUCGAGCAGAUGCUGCAUUUCGACGACACCGAAGACGAAGUGUUGACAAGAGCACGCGACCUGGUGGCGAAUGCAAUGAAGCAGCUGCGGCGAGUCGAAACGGUUUCCCGGUGGAUUUCAGAAGAUUUGCUCUGCCAGGACCUCCUCGAUCAAGUGUGGCGCGAGCUGAAGCUGAAGGCAGAAUGGUCCGAGAUUUCGGACCGCUGGAGUCAGAAAUUUGAGCCGCCGUCUCGCAAGUCGAAGAACAAGAAGACGCGACAGAAGGAGAAGGAUGGCAGCUCUGAAGCCAUCGAUCCGGAAAAGCUGGCGACGCGCUUACAGCAAGCAGUGGCGGACAUGGACAAGAAGGUUUGGAAGUGCCGCACCUACCACAAGUACUUCUGCCUGCUUCAGCGACGGG